AUGGUCCGUCGGGAUUCCGUCGACAAGGGGCAGCGCUACGGCUUCCCCACUGCAGUGUCUGGGGAUGCAGUCGACGACUACCCGGUGAAGAAGGACCCUUCAGAGGCCCCAGCGAUCGUGCGAUGGCUCAAGCCGGACGCUUUGAUGCAGAGGGUCGGUCAAUAUGGACACCCGUGGAUCGGGUGGGCCUUCGUCUACGGCAUAGUGCUUCUGGUGUUCUUCAUCUACCGCUGCACGGCUCUCAAGGCGCUGUUCGCCAUGUACGCCAGCGUCAAGGACGGUACGCCUAGCAUCGUACUAGGAGCGUUGACGCUCGGACUCUUGGAAGAUUUCGUGUGCGCGACGUACUUCGCCUGUGCGCUGUGGCUAUUCGACUCGCUCAAGGCCGCCACCGUUAGAUGCUUCCCUCAACUCAAGCGUCCAGGGAUCGCACAGUUUAUCAGUAAAGCCGUGACGUUCUUGGUGUCGUGGCUGCUCUUCCUGGCCAUGACGGUCCCCUUCGUGGCCGACGUGAUCAUCGUGCGGCUGCGGGACAUGCGCUUCACGUUCGACAUCGUCACGAUGGCCAUCGACGAGAAGGACAACGCCACGUCCUUCGAGGUCUCCAACGACGAAGUCGUGGACGCGGUGCUCAACGCUGUGGCGCUGGUCGUUGUGGCCACGUUCUUCGCUGUUGUGCGUACUUGGGCUCCGUGGGCGGAUCUCUCUAACUGGAACCCGACGCAACUAUUCCCCCAAGCGCCUUAUCGUCUCUGCUCUCGAAGCGCAGCAAGGGUCAAGCACAAACACAGACCCACCACCAAGGUGGACCAGGAAGACUUCGAGGACAGCCAGGACUCCAGCAGCCCCACGGAGGACUCGGAGUUAGACCCGACCAACAAUGUCCUAUCGAGUCGCGCAAACGCGAGUAAAGCUCGAGAUGGAGACGACCAAGACACAGAGCGUGACGCUGCCAACACCGCGCGAUACGUCAAGAUCCAGGUACGCGAACCUGCCCAAAGCCCCGAGCUGAGGAAGCUCACCGCUGCUGACGCUGAUGACGACGGCGACAAUUCAGCGGGAUCCGACGCUACGGACCAGUAUCGUCAGUACUUAAAGCGAGGCAUCAUUACUCUCGUUGGGUUGGUGUUCUUCCCCAUGGUCGUGGUGGCCAUAAGUCAAGGCAGCACGCCUCUCAUCGCGUACUCAGCUCUCAACACGACGCUCAACGAGCUGUUCAAGCACGCGUUGCAGCCCCCCGUGCGUCAGGUCACUCCUGAAGCUGAAGACUCCAGUCUCCCCUGGGUUGAGGCGUUCAUCGACUACAAGACGGAGGAGCACACGUUGUUCGGCUACGAGACGCUAUACCGACGUACUACGGGGUUUAAGGGGGACCUCGCGUUCGACGUCAACGUCUCAGACGACAACCCGCCCAACGUCUUGGUCAUCGUGGUCGAAGCGUUCCGGUACCACGACUCGCACUACCUCGUCGGUAAAGAAGACCCGUCCAACCUGUUCAAGGGGAGCAACAUCACGAUCACCCCCAACUUCGACAAGUGGGCGAAGCGGAACAUCGCUCUACGCAAUUUCUGGUCCAGUUGGAGAACGAGUCGAUCGGUGGAGAGCCUCCAGUUCGCUCAGCUGCCGUACGACAGUGUGACCAAGUCGGGCAUGACUGGAGGAAGAAGCGGCACGAAACUCGCUGGUCUGCCGCAGCUUUUCACGGCCAAGGGCUACGAGACUUUCUUCACCACGGGCUGCCUUACUGGCUAUGACGGAUGGGAUGGCUUCCUCCCCUCGCACGGGUUCGACACCGUCUGGAGUCGGGACGAGAUGAUGAAGAUCGCUGAGAAGGACUUGGGCAUCAAACACGGCGACUGGGACGGAGCUGAGCACCGCGGACUCAAUUGGGGAGUGCAUGACGAUCUGAGCUUCCAGAUUCUAGGCGAUCUUCUGAUCAACAAGACGAAGGAGCAGCAAGACCGCGUAGCUAGGGGGCAGCCCAAGAAGCCGCUCUACUUGAACCACUACACCAUCUCCAGUCACGUCGACUACAAGCAGCGCCCGAAAUGGUACGAUGAAGCUGAGAAACCAGACUUUUCCGUCAUGUAUGAAGGAGAGGAGUACGUCGACAACAUCAAGAACUACCUCGAGAUGCGCUACUUCGCCGACGUCGAAAUGGGCAAGUUCCUCGACCGCAUGGCUCAAGAGGGCAUCCUGAACGACACCAUCAUCGUCAUCUCGGGGGACCACGGCCAGGGCCCCGAGUUCGGCAACGACGUGCCGGAAGACCGCGAUGUGUCGGCCACGCGCGUGGCUGGAGCCAUCAUCGCUGAGGGGCGACUGGGGAAUGCGUCGGGACUGGUGAUCGACGACGCCACGGAGCAGUACGACAUCCUGAAUACGCUGGCGGAUAUCACGGGGGUGCCUGAGGGAGGAUUCGAGCAGGACGGCGUGGGUCGGUCCCUCAAGCGGAAGACGAAGUUCGGGGAGAGGACCGUGUACAGUAACAACCCAACGAGGAAGAUGUCGGUGGUGCGCGGCCACUUGCGUCUGCGCUAUGAUAAGGCAAUGGACUCGAUGUUGCUGCACAACGCGGAUACGGAUCAUGACAUGAAGAAUAACUUGCUGCCGACUCUGACCAAGGAGGAGAAGGACGAGUGGAUCGCGUGGCGCGAUGCUGGUCGGCGGAUCAAUUCGUACUACACGAAGCGGUGGGAAGGGAGCUGCCUGCUCGCGGCGGAGUGCUAG